CUUCGGCGAUUUCUUGAUCAAAAUUACAACACCAAGCCAAAAAUUACAUAUUUUUUAUUUGUUUUAUUUUAAAAUCACGACAUAAAGAGUCUUAUUUUAUUUAUUAUUUGGUUAAUAUUGUUAAUGUAAAAUCAAUCAUUUACUAUGUCCGACGAUGAUGAUUGUCAAAUUAUUGAAAGCAACACAAAUUACAAAUCAAUUACGUGCGAAAAGAUUCCUGAACUUUUCCUAGACAAACUUAUUGCAAAGAAACACUUUGGAAAAUAUGGCAAAAUAUCGAGAUUCAUAUUGCGACCCAAUCGCUUUUGCUGCACCGUAGACUACGAACGUGAAGAAGACGCCGCCAAUGCUCUGCGCAAUGGAACAGUAUUCAAUGGACAAGGAUUCGAUAUCCGGUAUUCACAGCACGAGGUGGGUCAUGUGCAGAACACAGAAGAAUGGGUCGAUCCGGAUGUUCAGGCCGAGCUGGACAUCAUGGGCAAUCACGCUAGAAGGAUGCCAACUCAGGCUCCAAAGCUUCCACCUCCUCAGCAACCGCCUGCCAGGGUAAUAAGACAGAAGGCUCCCAAGAGCUACCCUGCCCCAGCAGAGCCAGCAGCAGCACCCGCUCAAAGAAUUAUCCCGAGUUCUGUGCGGGCCGAAUUGGAGGCCAUUUUAAGAAAACCUGCCAACAACGAUGAAGACAAGUAUCGCAUUCUUGAUGCGCGAGACAAACUCAUCCGACUGACCACAGUCCGGACCACAGACAUCAAAAAAGUUGUUAGUAUCAAGGGCACCUGCCCGGACAUGUGUCCGGAGAAGGAACGUUUUAUGCGCGAGUUCCAACACCAGGUGUCCGGAUUUGAAAUGGAAGAGGGCGGCAGUCGCAGUGAGAUGAACCACAACAUCGCCAUCAAGGAGUACUCGAGAAGCAGUGCCGACCAAGAGGUCCCACUCGCCCACGAGCUGCGCCCGGAGGGGGUGCUCAAAAUGACCAUGCAGUACCUGAUGCACCGCAUCAUGGGCUUAUGUGACAUAGCCGAUUUGAACAUCGGCGACUGGUUCCACUUCGUUUGGGACCGAACGCGAAGUAUACGCAAAGAUAUAACACAGCAAGAACUGUGCUCCAUUGGGGCAGUGGAGUUGGUCGAACAGUGCGCUCGAUUUCACAUACACUGCGCAGCCCGCCUGGUGGCCGAAGACCCCUCGGUGUUCGAUCAGAAGAUCAACACCGAGAACCUCACCAAAUGUCUCCAGACCCUCAAAUACAUGUACAACGAUCUGCGCAUCAAAGGUAUCCGCUGUGAGAACGAGGCCGAAUUUCGCGGUUUCAUUGUGCUCCUCAAUCUGAACGACGCCAAUUUCCUGUGGGAACUGCAAGACCUCCCCGAAGAGAUUCAAAAUUCCAAAGAAGUCCGCUCCGCCAUAAGCUUCUACAAAUGCAUGGAAAGCAACAACUACGUGCGGUUCUUUAACCUCGUGCGGAAGACUUCGUACAUGAACGCCUGCAUUCUGCUGCGGUAUUUCACUCAGGUCCGUCUGAAGGCGACUAAGAUGAUAAUUAAGGCGUACAACUGGCCAAGACAUUCGGUUUCCCUCCCUCUUGGUCAUUUGAUUAAGAUCCUGGGAUUUGAACAUGAAGAUGCUGCCUUGGACUUCUUCUCGUACUAUGGACUCGAGUGCGACGUAGAAAUGGUGCGCUUGGAUAAGAAGGCGUUCGAAGAGCCUGACGUUCCAGUCCUGAUGGAUCGAGCUUUUGAGGUAGUCGAGUCGAAACGACAAGUAGGUGUAGGCGAAGCGGUAUGCGGCCGUCCUCUUGACUCGCCGAAAAUUUUCGAAGACCAUCAGCCCCACGACAGUUUCGACGCGAAUGGCUACCUUCGCUUUGAAUCGUUCACCGCAGAGGACCAACUCAGGGACGAUGGAGCCGGGGGAGGCGCUUCGAAGGCUCCCCAUCGCCCAAUGUCGGAUAAGAUCUUCAAAAUUCCAGUUGUUUCGCCACCCAUGACGCCCAAACAAAAACUCAAAGCCAUGUUCUCCAACACAAGUCCCAAGGAGGACUCCAAUGAAUUUAAACUCCUACCCACCCCCACCGCCAUACCUACAACAGUAUCAGACUCUAUCUUUAACCAACCAUCAUUCAACAACCCACCGUCCAACCAUACGCACCAAGGUUCAUCCAUUUUCAAAAUCCCCUUGCCAGCACCUCCAGUUCAAGCUCCCAAUGAGGCUUCUGCAUCAAUAUUCGGCAGCAGUUCGAGUUUCCACAACAGUUCCGAGAAACCAAGAAGCAUAUUUGGAGGAUUUACAAAUGACCCAGAGCCUCCCAAAGCUAUCACGAAUAUCUUUGGUUCCGCAACUCAGUCGUUCGGCAGUGAUAAUAUCUUCCAGCAUUUCAACUCGAAGCCCCUGGAACUCGAUUUGAUGCAACCAAAACCAGACAAACAACAUGAGUUGCAGGAGCAGCAGGCCGCGGAAGAAAGACGCCGUCAGCGAGAAAAAGAGGAAACAGCCAGACGGAGAGAAAUCGAAGAAUUAGAACGCCAACGGAAAAUCCUAGAAGAGCAGACAAACCAGAAGCGUCUGGAAGAGAAGCAUCGCAGAGAUACGAUCGCUCAUGUGGAAAAGAACUCCGAGAGAAUCCUUCUGCAACUACUGGACGAAGUACAAAAUGAACAACUAAGGAAAAUAGCCUCCACUGAGCUGCAGAACCACCAGUGCCUGGACAAGCUGACGGAGAGUGUGAUUUCAGAAUGCAUUGUGGACUUCAUAAAACAAGUCCACACCAAUGAGUUGACCAUAAUGAAGCGGGAUCAAUCACUACUCUACAGAUACUUCCACAGGUGGCGUGACAUGGCUCAUAAGAAGCGGACACACCGGGAGCUAAUCGAGACGUUUCCCAUUUGGAUGACCACCGACACUCUGGACGAACAAGCACGGAAGAUAGCACAUCCCAGACAAACCGAGAACCUGCAGAUGAUCAAACGAUACCGUUUUGGUCUUCCCUGUGACUUCACAGCGCUCCUUGGAAGCGAUGACCUCAAUCCACCGAUCGACAUGUUUUCUUGCCUAAGGCGAAACUUCAAAGACUCCCAGAACCAACUACCCACGGGCUUCCUGAAGCGAAGGAAAUACUUCAAACUGGUCAUAUCCCUCCCUGGGGAGCGGGACGAACUGCCCGGCUUCAAUUCAUAUGCCAGCAAUUGGCUGGAACAGAAUGUCUCAAGAAAGUCCUCCGAAUCGAGUCCAGCAUUCCUAUGCAGCUGUGAGAGCGAUUUGGCGCUGUGUGUCCGGAAAAUAUCCUGCAUCGUUCCCAUGAACGAAGAAAAUCAAAAAGUGCGCCAGGAAUGUGACAAUGCAAGUGCAGUAAUCUUCAUGAUGGCCGCCGGCAAGUCCCAUAACUCAAGAAAACGCCUCCAUCAUCUGCUCAAGCUGUCCAGGAUUUAUCAGGCUAUUCCAGUUGCCAUAAUACUAUUCACUCCUACCAAUGCCACUCCACAACAACCACCGGAUCUUCAUCUGGAAUCCCUAGAGACCGAUGGGAAGAUAUCAAACUUCCAGGUGUUCCACAGCAACGACCACAGCAUGAAACAGAACUUUCAGAAAUCCCUCGUGUUUUUGGCCAAAAACGAAAACUCCACCUGCCCACUUGAGGCUCAGAGUAUUGAAGGAUUCCUCAACACAUGCCUGGGGGACGAACUCUGGCGGAAGCUUCACAAAUCCUGGACUGUGAAUCCGUCGUUUAGGAAAAUCUGUUCCACUCCGAAGUUCCUCAUUGGAAUUUAUAAUUUAGGCAUCGAAAGUCUGAUACAAGUAAUCGACGAGGACUUCCAAGACUACCCGGAAUUCCCCGAAGAACUGAGGCAGUUUGUUCCAGGAGCUAAGUUCGACAUUCCUGUUGGGUUGGAACAGUUCCCCGAGGACUGGAAGAACAUCAAUAGGGUGAAAAAAAUUUUGGAUUUCCUCCACAGUCUUAAGCUCCCACCUCCGCCAAAGGGAGACUUUCCUCGAGAAAUCGAUGAUCUCGAGUUAUGGCUUCUGAAUUACACCAGCGCAUGCAUUCCCAACGAUGAUGAUUUGGCCACAAAAGCCGGUUACAAUUCCAUAAAGUGUCUGAUUGAAGAACUCAACCACGAGAGUCUUCAAGACAUGGAAUUGGAUCAGCGUUUAAAUUGGAUUUCUUGGCUGCCUGUUGUGAGAGAAGUGGCCAUAGCUGUAAUGAACCAGCAAUGGAUGGACCGCAGCAGUAGAUUACCCCGUGAAGUCAUAUACAAUCGAGAUGAGUUCCUGGAAUUUCUAUCUGAGCCCUGGUGGCUCAAGAGUGAGUCAGUAAAAUCAGUUAAAAUGAUGUCCGAAGCUGAAGGCCAAACCGACGAAGAGGAGCAACCCCAACUGGACAUAGACUCCAUAAUAGCCAGAGCAGAAAAGGCAUCCACACUUGGCGAUAACAAACUAAGACAAUUACAGAAGGAAGCAACAGAUAACACAGCAAAUCCCGAACUGACCCGGGAACUAGAUGAGACCAUUUAUAAUUUUGAAGUGAACGAGAAGUGCAGAUCGUUUGAGGGCACCAAGACGAUAAUUAUGGACGAGGAGGAAGACUCAUUGGACCUACCACCGAUGCCUAAGAAAUUCAAACAAAACUCACACACAGAAAAGUCGGAUAUUCAAGACGCAAUGGAACGCGCCUUCGCCGUUCUCAAAAAUGCAGAAGACAUAAUGGACAAAUAUUUGAGACCAUUGCAACAAAUUCGGACGCUAGACGAAGAUUAUGUUUGAAGAUUUUUUUAAUUUUAGGAAGUACUUACAGUUUGUUAGAAUAGAAAUUUAUAAAAAUAAAAGUGAGAAUAAUUGUUAAUAAAUUUAUGGGAAACGAUUCUGUUUUUAAACCAUUUGUCCUAUGGAA